AUGCAAAGACGAUUAUUCUGCAGCUCUACCAGCACUUUCCAACGUCAGGUGCCUCGUUUUGUGACCACGUUAAAAGAGGCCGCCAAACCGGCCUUGGAAAAAGCCCAGGCCAUCAACAGGCCAUUUGGGUUUGACUCUCCAACAAAAAUUGGACAGAAUCAUGGCCAAUUAUCCAACCCAUUCAGUGCAGCAGCUAAGGAGCAACGCCAAAGACAGUUGGACCAUGAUAUUGCACAUUCGCCAUUCUACGAGUCCAAAUCGUUCUCCAACACCCAGGGAAAGAUCUUUACUCCACCUGUAUCAUAUUUUAAGAAGGAGAAGGCCAAAUAUUUUGUGGAUUUCCAAGGUUAUACCCUUUUGAAUGAAAAGAGACAGUUAUCACAACUUCUAAAAGGUAAAGUGACGUUGUUGCGGAUAUUCUCCACGAUUUCUGGUGAGAAUUGUGCCAACACCUAUAUUUCAGACUACCUCGAUGAAAAUGGAUACAAGACACUCCAGGAAAAGUAUCCCAACACGCAGAUUGUCGAUGUAAAUCUUCCCCAAAGUUGGAUCAAGGGUCUCUUUGUCAAGAUGGCCAAGUCUAACUUGAAAACCAUCGUUCCUCCUGCUAGACAGAACCUCUACUUCAUUUUGCCGAAUACCUUGUUUACUCUGGAAGUCAAGAAGACCUUGAAGUGCGACAACAUGUGUUCUGGGUAUCUUUACGUUUUGGAUGAAGACGGAAAGAUUAGAUGGGCCACUAGUGGGUUUUCUAAUGACGAGGAAAGUGAAGUCUUGUGGAGAACUGUCAGAGGUUUGGAGAAGGAGAUGAAAGGAAAUUAG